UAUAUAUUGCCCGUAAAACCCUAACCCUAGAUCUCUCAUUUUCAGACUCUCUCGCUUGAGGCACACACAGAGAGAGAAGAGACGCACAACUCUCAACCAAUACACCAUGGGUAAGGUACACGGAUCUCUGGCUCGUGCUGGUAAGGUGAGAGGCCAAACUCCCAAAGUUGCAAAGCAAGACAAGAAGAAGAAGCCCCGUGGUCGCGCCCACAAGCGCAUGCAAUACAAUCGCCGAUUCGUCACAGCCGUGGUCGGAUUUGGCAAGAAGAGGGGACCCAACUCGUCCGAGAAGUGAAGCGGUUGAGUGUUUUAGGUUAAAGAAUUUGUUGGGUUUUAUUAUUUUUUGUUUUUAAUGUUAUAUUGAAGACUGUGAUGAUGAUGAUGUUAGUUGCUGGAAUUUUGUACUGAAUUCAAAUCAUGUUGGAUUAUGCUUACUUGGUUAAUUAAUCUGAAAAUGAUGUGAUUUUGACCGA